AAUGAGUAGGAGCUAUACCGUCUCUCCCCCCAAGCGCGUAUAUGGCGUAUAGUGGGACGGCUUUGCUUUACGUAUUAGUACAUCUUGUUCUAGUAGUAGUGUUGGUAUUAGCUGUGGUUUGUGACGACGAUACAAAGAUGUCACUACAUUUAUUUUCUGCUUACUGUGUUCAGUUUCGAAUGGCGAUUAUGGAAGCGUGAAUUUGUAUUUGUUGCUAUUGUGAUGUUUGUUCGGAGACAAUGUUAGAAAGCAGACAUAUAACAGCAUCACUUAAGAAACACUUGUAAAGCGUGGAAAUUAUUUAAGUUCAUAUUUAUUUUGAAUAUAUUAAUAACAUUCAUAGACGUCAAGCAAUGGCGACGAGAUGGAGUAGUGAAUUUGUAGUUGCUGAACACAGAGACUUGCAGGCCAGCACUAUGGCUGUAGAUUCAAGUGGAGUUUAUGCACUGUUAGCAGGUCGUAGGUACUUGGCAAUUAAGAAUCUUGAUGAUUCUUCAGAUACCCUUCACAAAAUUCCCCGUCAUAGUAAAUAUGAAGUUGGUGCUGCCGAAUGGAAUCCCAGUUCAAUCAAUAAGGACCUCUGUGCCAUUUCUAGCAAUCAACGAGUGGAGAUACUGUCCUGGCAGUCGGGUGGAAAUUUGGUUCAUACACAGACACUUCGUUCUCAUACUCGAGCAGUUAGCGAUCUCAAUUGGCAUCGGUUUGACCCAAAUUUACUGGCUAGCUGUUCAAUAGAUACUUAUAUUCAUGUAUGGGACAUACGAGACCAGAGGAGGCCUUCAUUGUCUUUGUCUGCUGUUGCUGGUGCAACUCAAGUUCGGUGGAAUCGCUUGUCUAGGUACCUAUUAGCUACUGCACAUGAUGGAGAUAUCAAACUUUGGGACCAAAGAAAAGGAACUGCUCCAGUACAGUACAUAGCUGCUCAUUUGUCAAAAAUUCAUGGUUUGGACUGGAGCCCUACCCAUGAGAACCAACUAGCUACUUCCAGUCAAGACUGCACUGUUAAGUUCUUUGAUAUCACAAAUCCUCGCCGUGCUGAAAGCAUCCUUACAACAUCAUCACCUGUAUGGAGAGCCCGUUACACACCAUUUGGUGAAGGUUUGAUUACAGUGGUUGUGCCACAGUUGCGAAGAGGGGAAAAUAGCCUCCUGCUGUGGAAUAUUGCCAAUCAGACAGCUCCAGUUCACACGUUUGUAGGACAUACAGAUGUUGUACUGGAGUUUGAAUGGAGAAAACGCAAGGAAGAUACUUCGGACUAUGAAUUAAUAACAUGGUCAAAGGAUCAGACUCUACGAAUUUGGAGAAUAGAGCCAUUUUUACAGAAGCUGUGUGGACAUGAACGAGAUGCCAGUCGUUCUAUGGAUAUACAAGAAACCGAAGAUGCCACUGCAGUUAGAACAACCAUAGUUGUGGAACAAGCAUUGACACACCCCCUUCAAGAUUUGAGUCUAGAAAAUGAAUCAGGAAUGUCAGACAUGUCAAACAGCCUGAUACUGGAUGAGGGCACUGAUGUAAGCCUUGGAAACCCACCAGACAGGGAAGUGAAUCCUUCUCCCACUCAGCCAAAGACACUCCAGCAGGAGUUCUCACUUAUCAAUGUGAACAUGCCAAAUGUUCAGAUGGAUGUGCAGAUGGAUGCAGUCAGGCGGAGCUGUACAGUUACUGCCACAAGAAAUGCACAUGUUGUUAUCCUGCAAGUUAGUUUUCCUCCAAGUUACCCUUACAGUGCUGCUCCCACAUUCCAGUUUGCACAGGGAACAUCUGUUGAUAACAACACUAUGGCAAAAUUGCUUAAGGUACUGAAACAAACAGCACAACAAAGAGUGAGAAAAAAUAAAUCCUGUCUUGAGCCAUGUUUACGUCAACUUGUGUCAACUUUAGACCAGAUUGCUUUAAGUGAUGAAUUAGAUAACAAACCAUUCUUACGGUUACACCAUUCUCAGCCUUCUUCAUAUCUUGAGUCUUCAAAUAUAUAUGGCAGUUUCCAAGAUGCAUACAUACCAUUUCCACGAACAUCUGGAGCUAAAUUCUGCAGUGUCGGAAUAUUGGUGUGUUUUGGACGACCACCCUUUGCAAGGCGAUUGUCAACACGCUUGGAAAGUCCAACACCCCGAUCAUUGUCAGCAUUGGGUGGAAACUUAAACAGCUUUAACCUUGGUGGAUCAUCUUCUGCCAGUACUAGUCAGUAUUCUCUCAUAUAUCCACCUGUAACACAGAGUCCAACUGGGGAUCCAAAUGUGUCCAUCACAUCAUUCUACUUUCAAGAUAGGAAGCAGCCACCCCGAACCAGGUCAAGAGGUGUCCAUGGCAAUUCAAGGGGGCCUCAGAAUGCAUCCAAAACUCCAUCAAAGAAAGGUUCUCGAGCAAUCGUUACAAUAUAUGAUGCAUCAUCACUGUUCCUUAUACACAGAGAACUUGGGGAGAAAUAUGUGUUUGACUGCCAUGAUCUUCCAGGCAUGUGUCACCGCAAUUCUGCCAUAGCAGCACUAGUUGGUCGUCGUGAUUUAGUGCAGGCCUGGACUCUGGCAGCUUUAGCAGCUACUCCUUCUACAAAGCCUAUCCCAGACCAGGAUGAUGACAUACCAUGGCCACAUCAUCCCUUUGGCAAGGCCAUGGUUGAGUCAUUAAUUGCUUAUUAUGCCAAGCAGUCUGAUAUUCAGAUGGCAGCUAUGCUCUGUUGUACUUUUGGAUGUCGGUCUGAGAAUCAGGACACACUCAAGAACAAGCAGCUCAGCAAGUCAGUUAAUGUCAGUCGACUUGCAACUGGGAAGUGGUGGCUCAAGCCUGGAGGUUCUCCAUACCAUACAAUCCAUCAAGUUGAUUUGAGUCUCGAGGGCUGGAACUACCCUAUGCUCAAACAGAAUCGCUCCAAUUCAUGGUCUGAUUCAUUAGAUGAUUUCAAAUUUAUAUCAACAAUUGUUGAACAUGCAGAAGUAUAUGAUUCAGAGAGUGAGAAAAGUGUAAAGAUACUUGAAGAAAAAAAUUCACACUUAUAUGAUACAUACAAGAAAGCAUAUUCAGAAAUUCUUCACAGGUGGAACCUUUUGGAUGCACGUGCACAGGUACUGAAGUACAUGACAACACCCCCAGAAAUACACAGGGGUGUGGAGUUUUAUUCAGAGUGUCAGUAUUGCAACAGUAAAGUCAGAGGGGCAGGCUGUUUGGUCUGCAAGAGACUUAUUUUUCAGUGCUCCAUCUGCAACCUCUCAGUUCGAGGUCUGUCCAAAUUCUGCAUGGUGUGUGGUCAUGGAGGACAUUCAGAUCACAUGAUUUCAUGGUUUGAGACUGAGUCAGAGUGUCCAACAGGCUGUGGCUGUAGUUGUACGGUAGAGAUGGCUAGUAUGCUGGAAUCAUAAGGAUGUGUACGUUCCUUUCUUGGAAAGUGAAAUCCACUGAGAAUUUGUAGAUGUGAAUUUCGGUUGGAUCGUCUACUGUUUGAACAGGCUAUCACGUGUCUGACGGAAGUGUGAAGACAGUGAUGAAUCCUUAACUAAACUAGAACCUGGUGCAGUAAUGCAGUUUUUGUGCCUGGAAGGUGCAUGUUCAUUUUUAAUGAUUAGACACCUUUCUUUACAUACGUAUAAAAAUGGAAAGUAAAUUGUUCUUAUUUGCAUGUCUUUGGUGUUUAGUGCUCACACAUUA